AUGGUUGCCAUGGGCAAAUUAAUACCACAGCCCCAAAAAGCGUUUUUAAUUGGAAAUUUGAAAGAGGUAGAUCCCGCUCAUGCUGUGGAUUCAUUCAAAAGGCUGCACAAACUGUAUGGUGAUAUUUAUCGAUUAACUAUUCUUGGAAAAAGCGCUGUUAUAGUGUGUAGCCAAGAAAUAGUCGAUGUCCUAUGUGACGAAACAAAAUUUAAUAAAAAACUUCAUCCAGCCUUGCAAGAACUGCGAGCCGCGGCCGGGGAUGGACUCUUUACUGCACACACGUCAGAACCCAACUGGAAACUUGCGCACAAAAUCUUAGUAUCCGCUUUUGGCUCACAUGCAAUUCGAGAUAUGUUUCCAGCUAUGAUGGAUAUAUGUUCACAACUCAUACUUCGGUGGGAACGAUAUGCUGGAGCAGAAAUCGAUGUUUGUGAUAAUUUUACUCGAUUAACAUUGGAUACUAUUGCUUUAUGCAGUUUCAAUUAUCGAUUUAACAGUUUUUAUGAAAAAACAAUGCAUCAUUUCGUCGAUGCUAUGAUUAAUGUACUUAUAGAAAGUGGUCGACGUGCCGGGCGACUUUCUAUACAAAAUAAACUUUUGAUAAGAACUAAUCGACAAUACAAUGAUGAUAUUAAAUAUAUGCAUAAUCUAUGCGAUGAAAUUGUUAAAGAAAGACGCGAACAUCCAAAUAAUGUUAAUGAUCUACUUAAUCGAAUGAUUAAUGGUAAAGAUCCAGAAACUGGUUAUCAAUUAUCUGAUGAGAAUAUUCGUUAUCAAAUGCUUACUUUUUUGGUUGCUGGACAUGAAACAACAUCGGGUCUUCUUUCAUUUGCUAUGUAUUAUCUUCUAAAAAAUCCUCAUUCUUUACAGAAAGUACAAGCAGAAGUGGAUCAAUAUAGCGAAAUUACAAUUGAUACAUUAAGCAAAUUACAGUAUAUCGAUGCAGUAUUGAAAGAAACACUUCGAUUACAACCUACAGCACCAGCAUUUGUUUUAGAGCCGAAGGAAGACAACAUCAUUCUGCCUGGUGGGUAUAUAGUUCCCAAAAACGACGAUAUUAUCGUUUUUUUGCCUCAAUUGCAUCGCGAUCCAAAAGUUUGGGAUCGACCCGAAGAAUUCUUCCCAGAACGAAUGUUGAAUGGUGGAUUUGAAAAGUUGCCACCAAAUUCAUGGAAACCUUUUGGUAAUGGUCAACGCGGUUGUAUUGGUCGGCCUUUUGCAUGGCAAGAAAGUCUUCUUGCUAUUGCACUUAUUGCUAAACAUUUUAAUAUUGAAUUUAUUGAUCCAUCUUAUGAUCUUCGUAUUAAAGAAUUAUUGACAAUCAAACCUGAAGGAUUUAAAAUACGGGUUCGAUCACGCCGACAAGCAGAAAUUUCACUUGAUUCAAAUAUCAAACAAUCUGAAAUGGCAUCUGAAAAAAAAUUCAAACAACAAGCUGAUCCAAAUCAUCUUCGACCAAUGACUAUCCUUUUUGGUAGUAAUUCUGGUUCUUGUGAAUCUUUUGCAGGAACACUAGCAUCUGAAGCACCUCUUUAUAGUUACAAUGCCACU